GCGCUUUCGUGACGCAGCCCACGGGGCGGGGGAAGAUGGCGGCGCUGGUGAAACGCGUGGGAUGGGCUACGCGACCGUUGCUGCCGGUGGUGCAGGCUUGGGACCUCGAUGCGCGGCGCUGGGUCCGGGCACUGCGGCGGAGCCCCGUGAAAGUGCUGUUUCCAUCUGGUGAGGUUGUGGGACGGAAGCUCGAUCCCGGGAAACAGCCUCGGAAGGCGGCGGCAGAGGCCAGUCCCCGGGAACAGCGACAGAAGCAGCAGAUUCAGGGGCCCGCAUCUCAGACGCUCAGCACCUGGGAAGAGUCGGGGCUUCGCUAUGAUAAGGCUUUCCCUGGAGACAAAAGGCUGAGCAGUGUGAUGACCAUAGUUAAGUCCAGGCCAUUUCGAGAAAAGCAGGGGAAGAUCCUUCUGGAAGGUCGUAGGCUGAUUGCAGACGCUCUCAAGGCUGGUGCUGUGCCGAAAGUUUUCUUCUUUAGCCGUCUGGAAUACAUAAAGGAGCUGCCCAUUGAAAAGCUGAAAGGUGUUAGCCUCAUUAAGGUGAAAUUUGAGGAUAUCAAGGAUUGGUCCGACCUGGUAACACCACAGGGAAUAAUGGGGAUUUUUGCCAAACCUGACCAUGUUAAGAUGACAUACCCCGAGACUCAGCUUCGCCACACACUGCCCAUAUCGUUGAUCUGUGACAAUCUCCGUGACCCUGGGAACCUAGGGACAAUUCUGCGAUCUGCUGCUGGGGCAGGCUGCAGCAAAGUGUUACUCACCAAAGGCUGUGUGGACGCCUGGGAGCCCAAAGUGCUACGGGCAGGUAUGGGCGCACACUUCCAGGUGCCCAUUAUCAACAACCUGGACUGGGAGGCAGUGCCCGACCACCUGCCUGCUGACGCCCGCGUCUACGUGGCCGACAACUGUGGCCUUCACAUGCAGGCCCAGGCCCAGGGGUCUAACAAGGCCAGUGACUACGGCUGGGUACGUGACCAACGCCCACAGAAGUUUCAUGAGCAUGAGGACGAGGAGGAUGAUCUAGAGAGUGGAGAGAGUCAAGACUGGCUCCCUAAACUCGAGGUCCAGAGUUACGACUCAGACUGGACAGAGGCACCGGCGGCCGUGGUGAUAGGUGGGGAGACCCACGGCGUGAGCCUGGAGUCCCUGCAGUUGGCCGAGAGCACAGGAGGUGGGAGGCUGCUGAUCCCCGUCGUGCCCGGCGUGGACAGCCUGAAUUCAGCCAUGGCCGCGAGCAUCCUGCUCUUUGAAGGCAAAAGACAGCUGCAGGAGAGGGUGGAACACUUGAGCAGGGACAGGCAUUAACACUGAGAGGACAGCGUGUGGAAGCCAUCCUCAGCUUGACGUUGUCUCUGUGGUUAUUGGAAAAAUAAGUUCCAUGACUUUCUGCUCAGCCUCAAAAAUAAGGUCAAAAUCCCUCCUGAGGUCUUCCAUCUUCCCACUGGUUUUUAUAUAUGUGUGUGGGUGGGUAAGAGACAGCAGAAAUAAGUGCUCCUCAUGGCUCUUAUGUUUUUAAAAAUUGUCCACCAAAGAACAUCUUUGUGCCCAGAAAGUUACUAAAGGCAUCAUCUUGGGCAGGAGGACCCCUCCUUCCACAACUGCAGGUGUUUGCAGUCAGGGAGGGCUGGUUAGAGUGACCAGGCAUGGUCACUUACUCCUCUGAUCAUUGGUCAAUGGAGAGUAAGCCCCUGUGAAGUGCAGACCAGAAGAUUAUGUUAAAAUGCUUUAUUUAUUUCAGUGUGGUCAGUGGGUCUCAACACCCAUCUUUUCAUCUUUGGCCUAGUGGUGAGGACAUUGCUGAGAGAUUAAUGACCCAGGAAGCUAAGGGUACAGGUGAUGGCAUUCAGUAGUAUUAACAGUGGUUCUUCUGGCUCAGCUGUGUUAAUCUCUUUGAUUACUCAUUCAGGCCAUGACUUAGACACUGUUUAUGUAUGACACAGUUUUUUCCCCCAUUUCUGGUGAAACAGCUGAAUUCAUCAGUUGGUAUUAUACCUUCUUAGCAUCUCCGCAGAUAUUUUUUUGAAGACUCUUGGUUCAGAAAAGGAAAAAACAGUUUUUAAAUCUUCAGCUUAACCCUGCAUCUCUCAACAAAGCCAUACUCUUUGUAAGA